CUGGACCUAUCGGCCUACCAACUCUCCGAAUUCGGCCAUCGUGAAGUUUCCACGUUGCAACAAUGGGAUCCGAACCCAGAGAGUCGCUACAACGCUUCCGUCAGUACCACGGACUCCAUACCGGAAUACUGACUCGGUUCCCCGGGCAGGAUCCGAACCUGCAUCUAUACUUGUCAGCCUCAACCCGGCCGAAUCCGUGAUUCGAACCUGGGUCUGCCAUGUGACAGCGGCAUGCUCUACCAAUUGAGCUACCGGGGAACCUGCCUCGAGACUCUCAAGCGCGGGCAGAUGCCGAAGACCUGCGUGGUGAACAGCCUCUCCCUGCAGGAGCUGCCACCGGUCCUGCGAGACCUGCGUGACGGCGAGUGGCGGCUGCUCUCGCUCGCGUUCGCCUGUGUGCAGCUGCUGGUGCUCCCGACGGGGGCACAAACCGGCGCCCGGGGCAUUGCCGUCACUGUACGUGCGGAGACAGCACAGAUGGUGCAGCAGCUGCCGCGUAACGUGGACGACGCCGGCAUUGUCAUCAUGCGGACUGGUGCCGCGCUGCCCAACGGCCGCCAGCCCAACGUGCAGGAGACUGCGCAGGGCGGUAGUGGGCGGCCCCCAAAUGCACCAGAACGCCGACCGCCAGUCACCUUCCGAUGCCGCAUAGCCUUUGUGAUGGCGGCGCUUCGCUGGCUCAAGCUGAACAACCCCCUGUACGCCGCCGUCGAGGACCGGCUACCCGGGGCUGUGGGCGGCGGUAACGAUCGAGGUGAUGGCGGUGGCGCCUACGGCGCACCUGACGAGGUCGACCUGCCCAUGGUGGACGUCGAGGUGCCUGGCGUCGCUGCUGAAGCCGCGGGCGGUGCAGGCGGGGGCGACGGCGCUGCUGCGGCAGCACGUGAGGGCGGCGGCGGCGGCGAGCCUGCCGAUACGGCCAUGCCUGACGCGGCGCCUGCCGCCGGCGCUGCUGCCGAGGCCGCGGGCGGUGCAGGCGGGGGCGACGGCGGUGCAGGCGGUGACGCAGGCGCUGCUGCGGCAGCACGUGAGGGCGGCGGCGGCGGCGAGCCUGCCGAUACGGCCAUGCCUGACGCGGCGCCUGCCGCCGGCGCUGCUGCCGAGGCCGCGGGCGGUGCAGGCGGGGGCGACGGCGGUGCAGGCGGUGACGCAGGCGCUGCUGCGGCAGCACGUGAGGGCGGCGGCGGCGGCGAGCCUGCCGAUACGGCCAUGCCUGACGCGGCGCCUGCCGCCGGUGCUGCUGCCGAAGCCGCGGGCGGUGCAGGCGGGGGCGACGGCGGUGCAGGCGGUGACGCAGGCGCUGCUGCGGCAGCACGUGAGGGCAGCGGCGGGGGCGAGCCUGCCGAUACGGCCAUGCCUGACGCGGCGCCUGCCGCCGGUGCUGCUGCCGAAGCCGCGGGCGGUGCAGGCGGGGGCGACGGCGGUGCAGGCGGUGACGCAGGCGCUGCUGCGGCAGCACGUGAGGGCGGCGGCGGGGGCGAGCCUGCCGAUACGGCCAUGCCUGACGCGGCGCCUGCCGCCGGUGCUGCUGCCGAAGCCGCGGGCGGUGCAGGCGGGGGCGACGGCGGUGCAGGCGGUGACGCAGGCGCUGCUGCGGCAGCACGUGAGGGCGGCGGCGGCGGCGAGCCUGCCGAUACGGCCAUGCCUGACGCGGCGCCUGCCGCCGGCGCUGCUGCCGAAGCCGCGGGCGGUGCAGGCGGGGGCGACGGCGGUGCAGGCGGUGACGCAGGCGCUGCUGCGGCAGCACGUGAGGGCGGCGGCGGCGGCGAGCCUGCCGAUACGGCCAUGCCUGACGCGGCGCCUGCCGCCGGCGCUGCUGCCGAGGCCGCGGGCGGUGCAGGCGGGGGCGACGGCGGUGCAGGCGGUGACGCAGGCGCUGCUGCGGCAGCACGUGAGGGCGGCGGCGGCGGCGAGCCUGCCGAUACGGCCAUGCCUGACGCGGCGCCUGCCGCCGGUGCUGCUGCCGAAGCCGCGGGCGGUGCAGGCGGGGGCGACGGCGGUGCAGGCGGUGACGCAGGCGCUGCUGCGGCAGCACGUGAGGGCGGCGGCGGCGGCGAGCCUGCCGAUACGGCCAUGCCUGACGCGGCGCCUGCCGCCGGUGCUGCUGCCGAAGCCGCGGGCGGUGCAGGCGGGGGCGGCGGCGGUGCGGGCGGUGACGCAGGCGCUGCUGCGGCAGCACGUGAGGGCGGCGGCGGGGGCGAGCCUGCCGAUACGGCCAUGCCUGACGCGGCGCCUGCCGCCGCUGACACUCCUGCGGUCGCCACUGAGGCAGCUGCUGGGCGCGAGCCCGAUGCAUCUGAGGGCCACGCAGGCGGGCGCGUCAGCGGCGGCAGUGGCGGAGCGGGCAGUGACGCUGCGGCUGCUGGGUCCUAUGACGCAGCCGCUGCUUAUAUGCGCGAAGUCGGCGGCGCUCCUACAGCCGUCGGCGCAGGCGGUUGGCGCAGGCAGUUGUUGAAGGCGGUUGCGGAGCGUGCUCUUGCCGACGCUGAGGCGGCUGGUCGUGGGCCCAACGCCAUAGUGUUUGUGAGCCACCCAACGCUUGGAGAAUUUGCGGUACGGCGCCUCAGCCCGCACCGUGGAGACCAUGACGAGGACGAUCAGCGUCCGGAAUCAGGCAGCACUGCUGCAGUUGAUGGUGUGGGUGGAAACGGUGAACCUGGCGGUGCAGACGUGGAGCCUGGCGGCGGCAGUGGCAAGCCUGCCGACACGGACCUGACGGACGCUCUACCUGUUGCUGGUGCUGCUACAGCCGCAGUAGCUGCUGCGGCUGCUGCAGCUGAGGGCAAUGCAGGCGAGAGUGGCGGCGGCAGCCGGACGGGUGGUGACCCAGAUGCAGCGGGGGCAGGCAGCGGCGAUGGUGGGCUUGCUGGCACGGCUGCAGCGCCUCUGGCACCGGCGAUCCCCAGGGACGCCGCCGACCAGCUGCCUGACCAUGGCGACAAGCACUUCUGGGCACAGCUGUUCCUGCACAAGCCGUGGCGGAGCGAGGCGGCACUGACAGCAGGGUUCGGCAGUGCGCUGGACGCCUUCCGUGUUGCCAUGCGCAACCCCGCGUUCGUGUCUGCGGUGCGCCCAGGCCCUGCCGCGGACGCAUUGGAGGCGGAGGUGGAGCGGCUGCGCGCGCUGGACGAGGAGGCUGGCGGGCUGGUGCUGGACCAGGUUCACGCAGACCCAGAUGCGGGCGCUGCUGAAGCGCAGGACGACACGACGGGGCUGUACGACCCGGAGCUGCUACCGGCACACGUGCGUGCCGCUGUAGACCAGGAGGCUGAUGCUGGCGGCGGCGGGGCCGGUGGCGGCGGCGGCAAUGAUGGCGGUGGGGGCGAGGGCGAGGGCGAGGGCAACGAGAUGGAGGGCGACGGCGGCGGCGACGCCGCCGGCGCGGCAGCCGCAGCGGCUGGGCGGGACGUGCCGGUGCUGACGGCGGGGGCGCGCAUGACGCGCGAGGAGUACGACGCUGGCCGGCGGGCACUGAGCCCCGAGCAGCGCGCUGUGUUCACCGCUGUCUUUCAGCAUGUGCACGCAACUGCGGAGGUUGCGCGCACCGGGCAGGACGCGCCUCGCCAGCUGCUGGAGUUCGUGACCGGUGGUGGUGGCACCGGCAAGUCCUUCCUCAUCAAGCUGGUCACGGAGAUGCUACGCCGCACACACCCGGAUGGCGAGCCGGUCGUCCUGACCGCGCCAACUGGCGUGGCGGCCUUCAACAUCCGCGGCUCCACCAUUCACCGCGCGCUGGGCCUGCCUGUGGAGAACUGCCGCGAGUCUGGAGCCCGGCGCGUGCACUGGGAGCCGCUGUCCGCCAACCGGCUCCAGGAGCUGCGUCAGAUCUGGGCAUGCGUGCGGUACCUGAUCGUGGACGAGAUCUCCAUGGUCUCGGCUGCGACGCUGUGGCACAUCCACCGCCGCCUCGUGGACACGCCCGAGCACUGGCCAUUCGGCGGCAUCAACCUCAUCGUGCUGGGCGACUUCUACCAGCUGCCGCCGGUGAAGGCUACCUUUGUCUUCGAUGGGGAGGGGCGCGGCACCUGCGCUGAUGCACGUGACGGCGCCGCCAUGUUCCGCGAGUUGUUUCACAUGUUUGAGCUCACGCAGAACCAGCGGCAGGCGGGCGACCCGCUGUGGGCUGCUGUGCUCAACGUGCUACGGCUUGGCGUGCGCACAGGCAGCCGGCAGGACUUGAGGGCUUGGGAGCUCGCGUGCGCCAUCGUCAAGGAGCGGAUGCUCGCGUCCGUGUCCAGCAACGGCAAGGCGCUGGAUGCCGACUUCCAGAACGCCCCGCGUCUUCUCUCGCUCACGCUGGAGGUGGACGAAUACAACGCCGCGCGCCUGCAGGAGCUUACCAGCACCCCCGGUGUCGUCUGCCACGUCAUUGCAGCCCAGGACCAGCUCGUGCCGGAGCCGGGGCAGCCGGCUGGCGAAAUUCAAGCCGGCGACGUGCCCACGUCGGCCGACAUGUGCGGGGGGUUGGGCGCCUGCGUACGGCUUGCUGUCGGCGCACGCGUGAUGCUGCGCCGCAACGUGCACACGCUUGACGGGCUGGUCAACGGAGCGCAGGGCACCGUCACGGGCGUUGAGUUCAGCCGCGGCGCUGUGUCGGCGGUGCUGGUGCAGUUUGACGACCCUGACGUUGGGCGCUUGGAGCGUGCGCGCGCGGCGGCGGCGCGAGGUCAGCCAGAGCCAGCGAGCGCCCCAGUCGCUAUCGCCAGGGCCACCAGUCGCUUCUACAACACCCGCCGCACCCGCGAGCUAUCCCGGCAGCAGUUCCCGCUGGCGCUCUGCUGGGCGUUGACCAUCCACAAGACGCAGGGCCUGUCGCUGCACAAGGCCGUCAUCAACCUAGGCAGGUCCGUCUUUGACGCCGGCCAGGCCUACGUGGCGCUCAGCCGCGUGCGAUCGCUGGCAGGCGUCGCGCUGUCCCAGUAUGUCAGCACCAGCCUGGAGAAGGUCAGCCCCCAGGUCAGCGCCGAGUAUGAGCGUCUGCGCGCCAAGUCCGCCCGCUUCCGGCAGGAACAAGCAGUGGCUGACGCAGAUGCGGAAGCUGCUGUCGCGCCCAUCGCCGCUGCCAUCACCGCGGCCGACGAGGCCCGUGUUGCUGACGCGGCGGUCCCAGCAGACAGCGACAUUGCAGACGGGGCGGCGGCAGGCGGCGGCGGUCAGGACCUGGCAACGGCGACGGUGCCUGCUGCGGCUGCGGUCGCGGUCGUGGCUGCUUUGGGCGCGUCCAUCUGCAGCACGACUGCCGCCUGGGGCUGAAGAAGCUGCGUGGGACAGGGCCAGCGCGCGCUGGAACACGGUGCAGGCUGCAGCACAGGCUGGGGCCG